ACUCACUUCCCUUCUCCAUCCAACCUUUAAACCUCUCUUUCCAAGAUGGAGUCAUAUACUUUAGCCACCUCUUCCAUUUCCUACGCCAAACCCCUUUCACCCUACUUCCUCACGGCGGAGCAACCUUCUUACAUCCUCCGAAACAUCAGUCUCACUUCUCAUCCUUCCCAAAUCCUCGCCAUUGUUGGCCCUAGCGGCGCCGGAAAAUCAACUCUUCUCGACAUCCUGGCCGCAAGAACCUCUCCCACCUCAGGAUCAAUCCUCCUCAACUCCGUCCCUAUUAACCCUUCUUCUUACCGGAAAAUAUCUUCCUACGUUCCUCAACACGACGCCUUCUUCCCUCUUCUCACCGUCUCCGAGACCUUCACUUUCUCGGCCUCCCUCUUGCUACCAAAAGACCCAUUAAAAGUCUCCAAUGCCGUUGCUUCUCUCCUCAGAGAACUAAACCUAACACAUCUUGCACAUACAAGACUUGGUCAAGGCUUGUCCGGUGGUGAACGCAGGAGGGUUUCGAUUGGUCUAAGUCUUCUUCACGAUCCAGAAUUUUUACUCCUCGACGAACCCACCUCGGGUUUAGACAGCAAAUCUGCUUCCGAUGUCGUUCAAAUUCUCAAGUCUAUUGCUACGUCGAGACAACGGAUCGUGAUCUUGUCCAUACACCAACCUAGUUUCAAGAUCCUGUCUCUCAUCGAUCGCGUAUUACUUCUUUCCAAAGGAACCGUUGUAUACCAUGGAAGGCUUGACUCACUUGAAGCUUUCUUGCUCUCCAAGGGAUUCACGGUUCCUCCUCAGCUGAAUUCUCUUGAGUACGCUGUGGAGAUACUUCAGAGCCUCCAAGAUCCAUACGAAAACGCCAGCAUUGCUCUCCCAGACCAUUUCCCUGAGAGUAAAAAACAGAACACAAAACAUAGCAUUGUUCGAUAUAAAAGCUCGAGACUUACCGAAAUAAGCCUUCUUUCUAGAAGGUUUUGGAAGAUCAUAUACCGUACGAGACAGUUGCUUCUAACCAACAUCUUAGAAGCUCUUGUAGUCGGUCUUGUCUUAGGCACUAUCUACCUUAAUAUUGGAACCGGCAAAGAAGGAAUCCAAAAGCGAUUCGGCCUUUUCGCAUUCACCCUCACGUUCCUCCUCUCUUCGACUACCCAAACCCUUCCAAUAUUCAUUGAUGAGCGACCAAUUCUUCUCCGAGAAACCUCGAGCGGACUCUACAGACUCUCCUCUCACAUACUUGCAACCACCUUGGCUUUCUUGCCCUACUUGCUCCUCAUCGCAGUCAUCUACUCUGUCUCACUCUAUUUUCUUGUAGGUCUCUGCCCGUCAUGGCAAGCUUUCGCCUACUUUGUGCUCGUUAUCUGGAUCAUUGUCCUAAUGGCAAACUCUUUUGUGCUUUUCUUGAGCUCCCUUGCGCCUAACUACAUUGCUGGAACAUCUUUAGUGACCAUUCUUCUGGCGGCAUUCUUCUUGUUCUCUGGUUACUUUAUCUCUAAAGAGAGUCUUCCCAAGUAUUGGCUCUUCAUGUAUUUUUUCUCGAUGUAUAAGUAUGCAUUGGACGCACUUCUGAUAAAUGAAUACUCGUGUCUGGUCAACAAGUGCCCAGUCUGGUUUUAGGAAGCUCCUGAGAAAAGCUGCAUAGUUACUGGCGGUGACGUGUUAGACAAGAAAGGGCUUCAUGAGAGACAGAGGUGGUUUAAUGUUUAUGUAUUGUUAGGGUUCUUCGUACUCUAUCGUGUUCUGUGUUUUCUUGUUUUACUCAAAAGGGUUUCUGGUUCCAAGAGAUAA